AUGACUUGCUCUGUUCCACCUUUGCCGGAGGACAUCAAUCCCCCAGCCGCUAAGAAGAAGCUUGUCAUUGUGGGUCUGGGUAUGGUUGGCUUAUCAUUUCUCGAGAAACUACUUCUAAACGACUCAAAACUGGACGAGUACAGUAUAUUUGUUUAUGGAGAGGAGCCAUAUCUUGCUUAUAAUCGAGUUGGCCUCACGGAAUAUUUCCAGCACCGUGAGUUCAAAAACCUCCUUCUCUCGCCAGAGGAGUUUUAUCAGCAACGCGGAGAGAAAUGGAACUAUGCCAUUGAUGAGAAAGUGGUUGAGAUACAACGACAAACUAGGACUAUUACCACGAACAAAGGAAACAGAGCGUCUUACGACGUGCUCGUUCUUUGUACGGGCUCUACAGCGAUCAUUCCCACCGAUUUGCUACCACCCCCCACCAAGAAAAGCUACCGUGAAAUGGGGUGCUUUGUCUACAGAACUAUUGAUGACCUUUACUCAAUGAUAGAUUAUUGCCAGGGUGCAAAGAAAAAAAGAGCCAUUGUCGUUGGUGGGGGACUUCUUGGUCUAGAAGCAGCCAAAGCCCUCUACGAUAUGGAGUCGUUUGAGGAUAUCACCAUUGUCCAUAGGUCCCAUUGGCUUCUUUCUCAGCAGAUGGAUCAGAAAGGUGGAUCUCUACUUACGGGAAAAGUGAAAGAACUAGGAAUCACUUGUCGAACUGGAACAACUGUGUCGGAGCUGAUAUUUGACGAAGACCAAAAUCUGACAGGAGUGAAAUACCAUAACGGGGAUAUUGAUGAAUGCUCUCUUCUCUGCUACACUAUUGGCAUUAAGGCAAGAGACGACCUUAAAAGUUGCGGUUUAAAAACAAGUUCAAGGGGGGGAUUUGAGGUAGAUAAUAUGUUACAGACUUCGGAUGAGAGUAUUUAUGCUAUUGGAGAGUGUGCUUCUUGGAAUAACAUGACCUUUGGAUUGAUUGCUCCCGGAUACGAAAUGGCAGAUAUCCUGGCCUUCAACCUAACCCAGGGAAAACUCCACCAACCGAAAGAGUUUUCUGAGCCUAAUAUGGGCACCAGGCUGAAACUGAUGGGUGUUGAUGUUGCAUCCUUUGGAGAUUUUUUCGCAGACAGAAACGGGCCCAAAUGGCUCCCUCGCGGCUACGAAAAAGAAGUUCGUGCCCUUGUCUUUGAGGAUCCGAUAGACGGAACGUACACAAAAUUACUUUUCACAAAGGAUGGCAAGUAUAUGCUCGGCGGAAUUCUGGUUGGUGAUACAAGCAACUACACCAAGUUUUCCGCGAUGAUAAGGAAACCAUUACCUAAGUCUCCUUCAGAGCUCCUCAUUGGUAAUGCUGGAGACGAUGACAUGGAGUUGCUUUCAGAUGAGACCCAAAUAUGCUCCUGUCACAAUGUCACCAAGGGAAAACUUGUAGAAGCCGUGAAAAAUGGUUGCAGCAGUCUUGGAGAUUUGAAAAAGUGCACUAAGGCAGGAACAGCUUGUGGAGGUUGCGAACCUACGGUGAAGGUCAUAUUUGAGACAGAAAUGAGAAAGCUAGGUGGUAAAAUAUCCAAUCACCUAUGUGUCCACUUCGACUAUUCGAGAGCAGACUUGUUCUCGUUGAUUAUGGUCAAGAAUUUCCGGUCUUUUAAAAGGGUCAUGGAGGAACUGGGAAAUAACCCGGACUCCUCAGGAUGCGAGAUCUGCAAGCCAACCAUUGGCUCCAUUCUCUCAACGCUAUACAACCGACACCUCUUAAAAAAGGAAGUUCAUGGUCUGCAAGACACAAAUGACCGGUAUCUUGGAAAUAUACAGCGAAACGGCACUUUUUCGGUCGUUCCUCGGAUGUCGGCCGGCGAAGUCACUCCGGAAAAGCUUGUUUCCAUUGGGCAAAUUGCCAAAAAGUACGGAGUCUAUACAAAGAUCACAGGAGCACAAAGACUAGACUUGUUUGGCGUUAAAAAGAGCGAUCUGCCGAAAAUAUGGAGAGAUCUUAACGAAGCCGGCUUUGAGAGUGGACAGGCUUACGGCAAAAGUUUGAGAAAUGUCAAGUCUUGCGUUGGAUCAACAUGGUGCAGAUACGGAAUAGGAGACUCUGUGGGUCUGGCUGUCAGGCUGGAAGAACGGUACAAAGGGAUACGCUCACCUCAUAAAAUGAAAGGGGGUGUGUCUGGGUGUGUUAGAGACUGUGCGGAGUUUCACUCAAAGGACUUUGGUCUUUGUGCUGUAAAGGACGGAUUCAACAUAUAUGUCGGUGGCAACGGCGGAAUGAAACCGGCACACGCGCAGCUUCUUGCCACCAAUGUGCGUCCUGAUGAGGUGAUCCGUAUUCUGGACAGGUUCCUAAUGUUCUAUAUCACCACGGCAGAUAGAUUGCAGCGGACAGCUCGAUGGCUAGAAAGCCUUGAUGGUGGAAUCCAAUACUUGAAGGACGUCAUCAUACACGAUAAAUUGGGAAUUUGCAAGGAUUUGGAAGCCCAAAUGUGCCAACUUGUGAGCGGUUAUUACGAUGAGUGGGCUAAGGCCGUGUCGGAAGAGAAAGAUAACCCAAUUUUCAAACAAUUUGUGAACACGCCCGAGAACCAGGAAACUGUGGAGAUAGUCAAUGAAAGAGGCCAACCAAGGCCAGCUAUGUGGCCCGAGAAAGUGGCAGACCAAAAAUUCAACGAGAUCAAGUGGUCUUCUGUGACUUGGCAAGAGGUCUGUCAGAGCUCAGAUCUACCUCUAGCAGAGGCAGGGUCCUCGGCAACUGUCUUGGUUGGAGAGACCCAAAUCGCUCUAUUCAGAACCAACGGAAACCAGCUCUAUUGCUCUCAGAACAUGUGCGGGCACAAACGUGCAUUUGUGCUAAACCAGGGACUUCUUUCGGAGGAUGGUGACAAAAAUUGCUACAUAUCGUGUCCGAUGCAUAAACGGAACUUUUAUCUCAAAUCCGGUGCCUGUAAAAACGAUGAAGCACUAUCUAUCGCGACAUUUGAGGUCAAGGAGGAGAAUGGCAAAGUUUAUGCCAAACUACCUCCCACAGCUGAGCUCGACGAAAUCUUGGGAACUUCCAAGUGGAAGGUGAAAAGUCAGGAAACAGAAGCUAAACAGGUACGCAAGAUUACAACGGCCAAAAAUUUAUCUGACAAACCGGUAUCGUUAGACUGGUAA